CACUGUCACAACCUCGUGCAGCUGCUAUUGUCCUCGUCAAUAGCGGGCGCUGCGUCUCCACAGCCCGGCUGAAGAUUGAGCGUCUUCUUCUUUUUCGCUCUCUCCCGCUGGGACGUGUUGAACCCUCCUCCUUAUCCGUUCCUAUCGCGACACGUCUAGACCACCAUGGACGGCGGCCAGAGCUCAGCCUCCAGCUCCGCUGGGAACUCCAGCGAUUUUGUACGGAAAUUAUACAAGAUGCUGGAGGAUCCGUCUUACUCAGAAAUCGUUCGCUGGGGAGACGAAGGCGACAGCUUUGUGGUGCUGGAGUGCGAAAAAUUCACCAAGACGAUCCUACCCAAGCAUUUCAAGCAUAGCAACUUCGCCAGUUUCGUGCGUCAACUGAACAAGUAUGACUUCCACAAGGUCCGACAAAACAACGAAGAAACGGGCCAGUCGCCGUAUGGACAGAAUGCUUGGGAAUUCAAACACCCGGAGUUCAAAGCAAACAGCAAAGAUUCGCUCGAUAAUAUCCGACGAAAGGCACCCGCGCCCCGUAAGCCGGCUCAGAUGAGCGAGGAUUGCGUGCCGACUCAGCAGAUCGACCUGAUGAACCAACAGAUCCUGGCGCAGCAACAGCAGAUUCAGCACCUCUCGGACCGCUACGCGCAACUGACUGUCGACCAUCAAUUGAUGUUACAGGAACUGAUGCGCGUGCAGAAGACGGUUCUGAACCACGAAAAUGUCAUCCAUCAGGUCAUGAACUUCCUACUGUCUGUCGACGCCCGCCAGCGCCGCGACAGCAGAACAGCAGCGCCCUUCCACGCUCAAGCUCAGGAUGGUUCGACCCUGAGCCCAUCCCAGAUAGGCGGCGCAGAUGACCAGCCAGCCUCGCCUCUCCAGCAUGCGUCGAAACUGCUGAGUGACAUGAAUGCAGAGAUCCAGUUCAACUUGGCCGGUAUGGAUUCCGUCGAUGCUCACAAGACCCCAGCAGUGGUAGCGACUCCGCCGCUGGAAAAUGCCCCUCGCAAUGGUGCUGUGCGGCCUCCAACAUCUGCAGGUUCCAGCGCUACUAUGGGCUUUGCAAAGAUGAAUGGGGAGCUCGAAUCGGUCGUCUACCCGGUCGGCACUACGAACGGAAUCGAUCCAAUGUACAGCGAACAUGUCAACAAUAUCCCCUAUCCUCUACCGUCGAAAGAACUCGACCCGUCAGAUCCUCGUCGACAGUAUGCCGAUGGUCGCAAAAAGAGCACAUACGUAGACCCCGGUUGGGUGCGCAGUCCACAUAUCUUGCUUGUUGAGGACGACGCUACCUGCCGUCAGAUCGGUGGAAAAUUCCUCUAUUCGUUUUCUUGCGUCAUUGACACUGCUUUCGAUGGACUUGAAGCCGUCAACAAAAUCCAAGAUGGUUCGAAAUACGAUCUCAUCCUGAUGGACAUUAUCAUGCCUAACUUAGAUGGCGUGUCUGCUUGCCAUCUUAUCCGCCAAUUCGAUCGAACACCCAUUAUUGCUAUGACCUCUAAUAUCAGAAGUGACGAUAUCCAACUCUACUUCCAGCAUGGUAUGGAUGAUGUCCUCCCGAAACCGUUCACGCGCAAGAGUCUCCUGGAUAUGCUCGAGAAGCAUCUGGUCCAUCUCAAAACCCUGCCUCAGAGCAUAGAGACUUCAGCUCCAGCAGCGGCAGUCCCGAUGGCCGCGCCAGCCUCAACGGGUCCUUCCAUAAAGGAGGACAGCUCUCCGGGACAAUCACCAGCGGCGUCCAUGAACAACUGGCAAUCUCCUGGCCAAUUCCAGGGCCUAUCUCCCGUCCAUCCAAAUGUGCAACAAGUCCAAGGCCAGUAUGUCCAGGCCGGGGCGGGCCCUCCUCCGUACGCCAUUGAUCAGAACGGUGUCCAAUAUACUGCUCCCGCACCAUUGAACGCCGCGACCGCCCGACCACAGCAUCGAAGACAGCUUUCCGAGAUGUCAAGCGCCGCCGAUGCCGCCAACUUCGCAAAGAGACAGCGUAUCUAUGCGCAAGCGCCGCAGAUGGUCGGCCAAGUACCUGGACCACGUCCCGGAUGAACGGAUCAGAAAUAUUCACGUCUUGCGCCUUUGUGCCAUCGCAUGCUAGUUGUUUGUUCCUUCAGUGUGGGGCGUCUACUAUAUAAUUGGCAGGAGGCUUGGCUUGCGCGGUAUAUAUCUU